AUGGACCAACCACCAGCAGACCCCAAACUUCCAAAAUCUAGGUCAAGAUCAAACACCGCGGCUUCAAAUAGAAGCAGAAAAAGACCACUCUCUAGAGCGUCAACUACCAGCGUACACAGCGGACUUACUCAACCACUUGUCAGUCAACAAAACGUAGAUGCCACCACGGAAUACCAUACGCAAUAUUAUGAUCCGAAUGCGCUUGCGCAACAAAGAUUUGGGGACAUGACCCACCAGAUGACGCCCGAAGAUAUGGUCAUUCAGUCGGCUUCGCAGCUGCAAAAUCCCCGCGGUUAUGAUUUAGACCCGGCACUUGGAGGCGGUCCGCAUCAUGGUUUGCCCUAUUCCCAUGAGACUCAAUACAAACCGGAGAAUGGACGUCAAUCUCUUCCUGUGGAGUAUGGACCGAGCUAUAAUGAAGCCGACAGCCAGCUUUUGGAGGGUCGUAGCGAUGAGCAAGAUGAGGUUGACUCGUUGGCAGGAGCCAGUGGGCCAGCGAAGAAAGCCUCCAAAUCAAGUGCGGCGAAUGAGUUGGAGAUGCGACAGCUAUUUCAAUCAAACAAGCACCGGUCUUUGCCAGAAGUAGCAAGUGAGCUGCAGGGAAAUGAAAGAGGGCCGCAAUCCGAAAGACAGCGACAAGUGUUUGCGAUGCUCUGGAUUAACCAAGUUUGUGAUAAAGGUAAAGGUUCUGUACCGAGAGGUCGUGUCUAUGCAAACUACGUGUCGAGAUGCGCUACAGAACGAGUCACAGUCCUGAAUCCUGCAUCUUUUGGAAAACUUGUACGUGUGCUUUUCCCAGGACUUAAGACGCGAAGGCUGGGCGUGCGAGGUGAAUCCAAGUAUCACUACGUCAACUUCAGUCUCAAGGACGAUCAACCGCAGUUGUCUGAGGCGCAAAAUAUGCCAUCAAUUCAAGGUUUUAAUGAUACGCCCAGCUUCAUCCAAAGCUUCAGGUAUGGCUUCACUCAAUUCAUUCCUGGUUUGGAGCUCACAGAUACUAGCCAAAGCAUGCCAUCUCAAGCGCAAUACCCUGUAGAUAGAGCUACAUUCCCGUCCCCUGAAAUUGCUCAGAUGCCUGAGCAGACAGGGCUGAGAUGCGAAGGAUUUAUCAGACCCCAUAGUCUUUACAACCAUCCUGUCGUUUCAGGAAUUUCUCAGCUUGAGUCCACAGCAAGCAAGGUGUCACAGCGGCUUCAUUUUGCACCUAUUGGCGAACCACCAGCUCAAGAACAAGCAGCCCUCACUCUUCCCAAGAUCGAGCCUUUCGUACCAGCCGGUACAGAUCCUGACGCUGCAACUGCCUUGACAGCCCUCUAUCGUUCUCACUGCACUUCACUUGUAGAGUGCAUUCGCUACUGCAAAGAAAAAAUGUUCUUCCACUUAUUCACCUCUUUCCAUGGUACCCUCACGAUGCCGGUACAGAAAUUAUUCGCGAAUCCUAGCAUCGCGCCCUGGAUCGAAGCAUGUGAUUUUGUCAUGUACCAGAACAUGAUGCGAACCGUAGCUCCACUGACCCUACAGGUAGCGCCAAAACCGGUCUUGGAUACGCUGAGAAACAUCUCAGAACGACUUGUUCCUCAUAUUCAAACGACUUUUCAUGCCCACCCAAGGCACGUUGUUGACGCAAAAGUCGCCCCAGCGACGCUCUUUGCAGGGUUAUUGGACCGCGAACUGAGAGUGAACCUGACAGCUCAUGCCGCAGCAAAUAUGCUGUCAAAUCCUGCCAAUAGAGAUCAGAUGUACGAGGAUUGGAUCACCAUGGUCCGAACUCGCAAGAUCGCCGAGUGCGUCCCAACGAGAGGCAUGGACGACGUAGUUAAUCUGCUAUUAACAGAAUUGCGAGAUCUUCUAGACCCGAUUGGGGUUCCGUGGGAGAUUGAAGGGGCAACACCGUAUGGGGAAAUGGCUCUGCGUACUGGACGUCAACAGCAAACGAGCAUCCAUGCAGACUCAACUACGGAAAACGUUCUUGAUCGCUGGGUUAAUUUCCUCGCAUCAUUGUCUGGAAAAUUUCCUUACGCUACCCACGCCGAGAUCGUAUGGUGCGUCCAAAGUGUUGGAACAGCAGUUAUGAGAGAUCUCACUAUAUCACAAGGGAAGAGUUUUGGUGCAUGGUGGGUCACAAAGUGCUGGAUUGAUGAAAUGAUCGUUUUCCUGGCUGAGCAAGGCGGAUUUAUGGACUACAAGACAUCGCACGGGUCUCCCAACAUCCAAGAAAAACAGGCCCUUGGGAGCCGCGCAGCGAGUCAACACGGAAGCCGUUAUAGCAGCGGAAGCGAUGAAUUUCUUCGACACAACGGCGUCGAAGUUGCCAACUCGCAACCCAUGGAUGUCACAAGUCAAGCUGCGAUGAAUGCAGCCGCUGGCCAGGGUCAUGACGAUAGUGGAAUUGGGAUGCGAACGCCUGACGAUGAUUUCUCCAUGGGAAAGUACGAUUUCGACCGUAAUAGAUCUGGUCCUCAAAUCGUGCCUAGCGAUUUGUUGCGUCAGCCUUCGGCAGCCUGA